AGCCAUUGACGACAUUAUAAUUGUUGAUUUUCAAAACGUAAAGAUUAGAAAUUCAAGCGCCGGCGCGUCUCAUGUUGAUGGCGUCAUCAACAAUGGACACCAAACCCUCGGAAAAACACGAAGCAACGUGCACGCUCCAACGCAGGUCACAUGGGUAAAAACAAAGAAAAAGGCAAAAAACGGACAAAUGUCUUCCAAGUGGCAGCAAACAAACACUUGAAGGCCAAAAACAAAGCCAAGGCCGUCCGGACCACGCUGAAGCGGAUCAACAGCGUGAAGAACGAGAAGGUGGAGAAACUGAACCAGAUGUUCUCGGAGGUGCAGAAGGACGUGAGCGGCGCUUCCAAACGCGUCGCCUCGCAAGCGGAGAAACGGCCGCCGCAGCAGAUUGUCAAAGAGCCGCCAAAGGAGGCCGCAAACGUUGACUGCGCUGCUCAGCUCUUGUCUCAGCUCUGAUGGAUUUUCAGCACAACGUGUGAGCAGUAACAUGUUGAACAUGACAAAAUAGACGGUAAACUACCACGUCGGCAGUUGUUUCACAAAAGCUGACAUGUCAAACGUGUCGGCUUUCUCUCAACGUUGAAAAGAAGAGGUGCCGGGAUUCAAACCUCGGACGCUCGAACCAGUCACGCUGCCGUGUUUAGUUAGACGACAAAAUUCAGCUUUCAAAGAGAUGCCACAACUAUGUUGUAACACGUCCGCGAGAGCCAGAAAUCUUGCUUGUCUGUACGUGACCAAAUUCUUAUUUUCCACCAUCAUUGCCUUAUAAAUUCUUCAAAAAUCA